AUGGCUACGAAUGGCGUUCCGAUGGUACGUGACAACGGUCUGAACCUCGCUGACAUUGCGGCCGUUGCCGAAAGGGCGGUGGGAGUAGCCGGUGGCGGCGGCGGUGGUGGUGCGACUAACGACAACCCAUUGGUGAACAUACGGGACCGGCUGUUUCACGCCCUCUUCACUCGUGUGUCAUUAACCUAUGCGCGACUGCUGCCCCCAUCCGCUAGAAGGCUUCUCGAGUUUAUGCUCUUAAUUAAGGCCCUUUGCUUUCUGGUCAUUUUUCUGUACGUUCACGUGCUCGCUCUACGACCGGCCAAUUGUUUGGACAACGUGCGGCAGAUGUGGCCGAGGAACGGCAUCCUUCGCGUGGAAGUGACCGCUGAUCAUGGGGACGGUCACGACAUGUAUUCCAGCUGUGCCGCGUCGAUGCCUUCGCCGCUGUCACCAUGUCCAUCUCUCGCCGUUGCCUCCACCUCUAAGGACACAACCUGCGACGCUAACUUCUUCCGGUAUAGUUCGAACUAUUUCAAAGACACACCCCCAGACGAUGAUGGAGGACCAACGCUAAACGACGAACGCGCCGAAGACCAUUACAGCCACCGGUAA